AUGUCAUCUCAAGAAACUUUUAUAGAAAUAACACCUCAAGAUAUGUAUUUGGACUCACGAAAAUUUCAGGAAAAUUUGAAUGACGGGAAAUAUCCACUAGAAGUAACAGUGAGUUUUACAUAUUGCGGUUAUAAUUAUAUUUUAGAAAGACGUUCAGCAUAUAUCAUUCUCAAGAUUCUACCUCGAUAUAAGAGAUUCUGUGAUGCCGAAAUCACUAUCAAUGUUCUAGACUUAACAGGACAACAUAAACCAACAAAGAAAAUGUUCAAGAUAAACCAGACAUUGCGUGGAGACCUUAAAAAAGAAUUUAAGACAGCUGUUUUAUCUGUUGUUUAUAUAAAGGGGCUUAUAUAUGUGGACCGUAACUUUAGAAGUUCACUUGAUAUGUUCAAUUCUUCAAAAAUGUCUGAUGAGCAUAAUAUAUUAAUAGAAAAUAAGACAGUGAUUGAAGAACAAGGUCUCAAUCAUCCAAAAAAAAAACUCGAAAGAGGGUUUUUCAAUUUUUUCAAGCAAGCCUAUGG